AUGGCUACAAAUCAGGAAGAGGUGCAGCUUCUGGGAGUUGUGGGAAGCCCGUUCGUGUGUAGGGUGCAGAUUGCUCUCAAAUUGAAGGGAGUUGAAUACAAAUUUUUGGAAGAAAAUUUAGCCAACAAGAGUGAUCUGCUUCUCAAAUACAACCCAGUUCACAAGAAGGUUCCAGUUUUUGUUCACAACGAGAAGCCCAUUGCAGAGUCUCUUGUGAUUGUUGAGUACAUUGAUCAGACAUGGAAUAACAACCCCAUCUUGCCUUCUGAUCCUUACCAAAGAGCCUUGGCUCGUUUCUGGUCCAAAUUCAUCGAUGACAAGGUUGUGGGUGCUGCAUCGAAAUCUGUUUUCACUGUUGAUGAGAAAGAGCGUGAGAAGAAUGUGCAAGAAACAUUGGAGGGUCUGCAGUUUCUAGAGAAUGAGAUAAAGGAGAAGAAGUUCUUUGGAGGAGAGGAGAUUGGGUUGGCAGAUAUUGCCGGUUCCUUCGUAGCAUUUUGGAUUCCAAUUGUUCAAGAAAUAGCAGGUUUGCAGUUAUUCACCAGUGAGAAAUUUCCUAAUCUCUACAAAUGGAGCCAAGAGUUCAUCAACCACCCUGUUGUGAAGGAAGUUCUUCCUCCCAGGGAACCACUGUUUACCUUCUUCAAAGCCCGCUAUGAAACCCUUACUGCCUCAAAAUAG